UUGCUGCUCUCAGAGACUCAGACUAUCCUGCACAGCUGCGUCUCCAAACUGAUUCUGUCAAUGAGAUUGUUUGGAUUUGAAGCGAGGCAUCUAAUUCUAAGAUCCGGGUUGAUGUGAAAAGUAAAAAUGUGGAAAAAAAUCAAUGCCAUUGCUGAUCCACACAUAUGCACGUUCUUUAGGCUUCUUAUACAUAUUCAAUGCUUCAGUACGUAUAAAUUGGUGGAUUCACUUGCUCUACGGGAUGACUAGAGAGUGAUUGUUGAUUGUUUAAUACCGGUCGUCCACUUUGGUGACGUUUACUGCUUCUGCAUAAGUGUUUAUAAGCCACCGGAAUGAAUGGUUUAGUUCUUCCUGACGAUUCCAGUGUUACAGGUAAGAUAUGGUUAAGCAUAACAAUGUUGUGCCCAAUGGGCAUUUUAAAAAGCACUGGCAAAACUAUGUGAAAACCUGGUUCAACCAACCAGCUCGAAAAACCAGGAGACGCAAUGCUCGGCAAAAGAAGGCUGUGAAAAUUUUUCCACGUCCUACUGCUGGACCCCUCCGACCCACAGUGCAUGGUCAGACAUUGAAGUAUAAUAUGAAGUUAAGGGCUGGAAGAGGAUUUUCUCUUGAAGAGAUUAAGGCUGCAGGUAUUCCAAAAAAACUUGCCCCAACAAUAGGAAUUGCAAUUGAUCAUCGUCGCAAUAACCGGUCUCUUGAAGGUCUUCAAGCUAAUGUCCAAAGGCUAAAGACAUACAAGGCUAAGUUAGUUGUGUUCCCAAGACGUGCUCGCAAGGUCAAGGCUGGUGAUUCUACUCCCGAGGAACUGGCAACGGCAACACAAGUACAAGGGCCUUACAUGCCAAUUGUACGUGAAAAGCCAUCUGUGGAGCUUGUGAAGGUCACUGAGGAGAUGAAGUCAUUCAAGGCAUAUGACAAGCUUCGCGUUGAGCGAACGAAUGAACGCCAUCUUGGUUCUCGGAUGAAGAAGGCUGCUGAAGCUGAAAAGGAGGAGAAAAAUAAGUAGGAAGGAUUCAUUAUAUGUUGCUGAAGACUAUUGAUGUGUUUUGGUUUCAAACCUGUUUUAAAAUUUUGUUUCUUACCCAUUCCGGAACAAAUUGUGUUUUGUUCUUGAUCUUUUACGGAAAUUUUAUCAUAUCUGACUGGUCAUUUUGGGUUUUGAUUGCUUUUCUUUUUGUGCUUCCAUAGUUCCAUGUGUUUCAUGUUAGGUGAGAAGGUGGUGUGUUUGGAGGGUUAAUUUAUUACAUGUUGAUGCCUUAUUGUCGCCUUAGUUGGUUGUUUUUC